AUGGACCUUGAGAUGCGUGGUCUGCUUACCGAGUGUAUUUCCUCCUCAUCUCUCCUGACACAAAUGCCAAAACAACAGCAGCGCCGAAAUUUCAGCGACUGCGGUCCCGCAGCUUUUGUUUACAAGAAGCAAAUGCAACAGCAUAUUCAUGAACACAAGCGCCAAGUCUCUUCACUGCUCGUAAAUCUCCUUCUGCGGGGUUCUCCUGACCCAACGCGACCUUAUCUUAACCUCAGUUGUCUAGUAACCCUUCUGAGCAACGUGUGUUUGUUUGCCAGUGGUGAUUGCAUGGACGACUUUUGUUGUGCUCUUUUCAGUCUCAGCCCACUACUAAAACCCUCAAACUCCCAUGAGGUCGAUCAGCUUAUUCAUAGCAGUUUCCAGUCAGUUGCCGUACCUUCUAGCUCCCUGGAAAACUAUGGUGGUGACUCCUGGAUUGCACUUCUGCCACACAUACACUUUUCGAUUGUACCGGUUGAAGAUGCGACACUGAAUGGCAUCUCUUUUCUGGAUAAAUUUAACCGAAUUUCGAUGGACAUUGACAUUCCCUGGCCUCUAAGUGUCUUAGUUCAGAUUGCUCGUCACGCCCUAUGGAUUCUGGGACAAGACUCAGUUAAGAACCUGCAACAGUCAGUGUUUUUUUCUCUCACCAAACUGACAAUAACAGAUCAUUACGGUGUCAAAGUACGUCGUGGUCCGUGUAUGAUGGGCCUUGAUUACGCUAAGGACACAGCACAGACUGAAUGCGAUGUCCUCAACAGACACAAAGGCAUGUGA